AUUCUGAAUCAAUAUUCCACCCCACCAGAACGCCCUCGACUGUCAUUAACUACGCUUCAUUUUGACAACCCGAUUAUACCCAUUUCCCCUUCACGCGUCGGUGCUCCAAAAACCGAUGGCGGAGCAAACGGAGAAGCAGCCCAAAUCCAUCCCGCCCUACAUGAAGGCUGCGUCCGGAUCAUUCGGCGGCGUAGUCGAGGCCUCGUGCCUCCAGCCAAUUGACGUCAUCAAAACCCGCCUCCAGCUGGACCGAACCGGCUCGUACAAGGGGAUCCUCCACUGCGGCUCCACCAUCGUCCGCAACGAAGGCGUCCGCGCAUUGUGGAAGGGCUUGACUCCUUUCUCUACGCAUUUGACGCUCAAAUACGCGCUCCGGAUGGGCUCCAAUGCCUACCUCCAGUCCGCCUUCAAGGACUCCGAGACGGGGGAGCUCAGCCACCAUGGGCGAUUGUUUUCUGGAUUCGGCGCCGGAGUGCUCGAAGCUCUCGUUAUCGUCACUCCAUUUGAGGUUGUUAAAAUUCGACUGCAGCAGCAGAGAGGAUUGAGUCCCGAACUCUUCAAGUACAAGGGACCUGUACAUUGCGCUCGUAUGAUUGUCCGUGAAGAAGGGUUGCGUGGUCUGUGGGCUGGAGCUUCCCCAACUGUGAUGCGUAAUGGAACAAAUCAGGCUGCCAUGUUUAGUGCUAAAAAUGCAUUUGACGGGUUAUUGUGGGGGAGACACGAAGGUGAUGGGAAAAUCCUCCUACCUUGGCAGUCUAUGAUAUCGGGAUUUCUUGCUGGAACUGCUGGUCCAGUAUGUACCGGGCCCUUUGAUGUCGUGAAAACAAGGCUCAUGGCUCAAAGCAAAUCGAGCGGGUUGAAAUACAGAGGUAUGUUUCAUUGUAUCACAACUAUAUAUGCUGAGGAGGGAAUUCUUGCAUUGUGGAAAGGAUUAUUGCCAAGGUUAAUGAGGAUCCCGCCCGGGCAGGCGAUCAUGUGGGCUGUGGCUGAUCAGAUAACUGGAUUUUACGAGAGGCGAUACCUACAAGCCUAUUGAGCGUUCUGUAAUUCACUUUGGAAGUGAAAGUUUCAGAGUUUUUGAUGCCCUUUUUAGCUUGUGUAGAACUGAGUAUUUUCUCUUGUUCUACAUAUUUAGCUUUUAAUUUUCUCAUUUGUAGGACAUUCUUUAUGUUGAAAUGCUGAAAUGUUUAGCAUCAGCGAAAUUGUUUGGUGUUAGAAUUUCUGCUGGAUUUGAUUCAUAGAAGUAUGUAAUUCAUUUUAUUAAUUUGGAUAAUGGUUUCAUUGAAA